GCGUCCUCCACACCCACGAACAGCGGGGCGGCCACCGGUGCUGCGCGGCACGGGGGCCAGUUCUACUCCAAGUACGAGGAGGACCUGCCAGGCCGCGGGGAUCAGCCGCUGGAGCCCCGCCUGGGUGUUGCGGGCGGCGACGAUGGCCAG